AUGGCACUUCCUUCAUUUCUCUCUGCAAAUAUAUCAGAUAGUCUAGCUCCCAGCUUCCAGCAAAUCUGCAUUCUUUUUGUAUUUUUUGUCGUCAUUGCCCUCGCUGCCCGAUUCUCGCUUACAAUCAUCUCCGGAUCCAAGCAAUUGACUGUCUCCAGCGGUCUGGCAACCUUUGCCAGAUUCUUCUACGCUAGCUUCCUCAAACCGCAUAGUGGAGAUGGCGCGAUCACGGGCCAGCAAGCAGCCCUGGAGAGCUUCUACAAAGCGCAGGCCGAUGUCUACGAUGCAACUCGAAAGAGACUUCUCCGAGGUCGAGAAGAUAUGUUGGGGCUCGUCGCUGCGCAAUUGAGGUAUAAAGAAGGGAAGGGUGCAUGGAUGGGCAAGAGACCAAUCUGGGUCGACAUUGGAGGUGGUACAGGAUACAACAUCGAGGCCAUGCAAGCGUACCUCAAUGUACCAACGUUCUUUGCCAAGGUGUACCUUGUUGAUCUUUCGCCGUCUCUUCUUGAGGUAGCUAGGAAACGAUUCGACCGUUUGGGAUGGGAUGUCGAGAUUGUAUGCCAGGAUGCCCGCGCUUUUCGACUGGAUAACUACCAGACGGUGAAGUCGACGAACACCUCGAUCAGCUCCCUGGGAUCCUCCUGGUCUGAUCAGAGCACCGUCAACAGCGGCGCAGAUCUCGUGACAAUGUCGUACAGUUUGAGCAUGAUACCUGAUUAUUACAGCGUUCUGGACUCGAUCCCAUCUUUAUUAUCAUCCGAUGGGAUCGUAGGUGUUGUGGAUUUUUACGUCCAAAGUAUUGUCGAGAUCAGUGGCCGCACUUAUACUGGUGGCUCAUUCAACAGGCACGUUACCUGGAUAAAGCGAGUCUUUUGGCGUGCGUGGUUCGAUGUAGAUCGAGUUGGCUUAGAAGGAGCCCGGAGAGACUACCUCGAGUACCGUUUCGGUACCCUCAAGACGGUUGACGAGAGGAACUACCUCCUCGGUGGAAUACCCUACUACAUAUUCCUAGGCACACAGCGCGGACUUGCAUCUUCCAUGGGCACGAGCCCAGGGUAUGCGCAGGACUUCAUCGAGAGCCUGGAUGCCUCGUGCACAGAAUCCCCCUACCUUUCUCCACAGAACCACAGAGCGGAAAUGUUUCAGGCGGUUGAAAAAUCAAUCCCAGCAGAGCUCAGGUCAAAAGCCUACCAGUGCGCAGUCAUCAAUCUGAGCUCAAAUCUCCCAUUGCCAUCGAUGUUCUACCAGAACAACCAACGACGUAUCUACUACGAUGACACUCUACAAAAGCACACCCAAUUCAACAACGAGUACAUCUAUGCCUUCACGUGGGAAGACCCUCGAGUCGAUCACCGCCUCCUAAACAUCCGCAGUGAUGAUGUCGUUCUCUGCGUAACCUCUGCCGGAGAUAACGUAUUGGACUAUCUCUAUCAAGCAGGUCCAAGACGCAUACAUGCAGUUGAUCUCAACCCAAAUCAGAAUCAUCUUCUGGAAUUGAAGAUCGCGGCAUUCCAAAGCCUUCCAUAUGCCCAAGUAUGGAAGAUGUUCGGCGAAGGCAGGUUCCCUGCAUUUCGUCAAGCUUUGAUCACCAAGCUCAGUCCUCAUAUGAGUUCGCAAGCAUGUCAGUACUGGCUCAAACACGCUAGCAUAUUUAGCUCUACCCGUGGAUUCUACGAGACUGGCGGCUCUAGACAUGCAAUCAAGCUUAUCCGCUCGCUAUUCUGGCUCCUCGGACUCAGCAACGAUGUCAGAAGUAUGUGCAACGCGAAAACCUUGAACGAGCAACAAGAGAUCUGGCCUAGAAUCCGAAGAGUCCUCCUGAGUAGAGCCUUACACUGGACAGUCGUCAGCACAGAGUGGUUCGCCUGGAAGGCGGCAGGCGUUCCCCCUGCACAGCGAAGGAUGAUUGUUGAGGACCACCGAGACCAAGUCGAAAGUGACCUGCGAGGCGAGGCUAUCUGGGAGUACAUAGUCAAUACGCUGGAUCCGGUUGUCAAAAACACGCUUGUUGGCGAUGACAACUACUUCUACCUCCUGUGUUUGCAGGGGAGAUACUCGCAGAGAUGUCACCCGCAGUAUCUAUCAAACAGAGCGCACCGCAAGCUCUCCCAGCCCGGCGCGUUCGACGGAUUACGCAUCCACACCGACGAGCUUCAAGAAGUGAUUUGCCGAAUUGCUCCUGGUACCUUGAGUCAUGCCGUAGUCAUGGACAGCAUGGACUGGUUCUGCCCCGGCGACACCCAAGCCGUCACCCAAGUGCAAUCAUUACACCGCGCCUUGAAGACCGGCGGUAAAGUUCUUUUGCGCUCCGCAGGCCUAAAGCCUUGGUACACUGCUGUAUUUGAAAACAACGGUUUCGCAACACGAAGGGUUGGUGCCAGGAUGCCGGGGACUUGCAUUGACCGAGUCAACAUGUAUGCCUCCGCCUGGAUCUGCACCAAGCUGCCCGAUCCGACCACGGCAAGCUACGAGAACAUGAUGCUGCCCAGCCCUACAUUGUCCGUGCAUUCGAGGACGCAUUCGCUUGAGAAGAUCGAAGAGUGA